AUGUGUGACAAAGCACUAGGACAAGAGAGUAUGUGUGACAAAGCACUAGGGCAAGAGGGUAUGUGUGACAAAGCACUAGGACAAGAGAGUAUGUGUGGCAAAGCACUAGGACAAGAGGGUAUGUGUGACAAGGCACUAGGACAAGAGAGUAUGUGUGACAAAGCACUAGGACAAGAGAGUAUGUGUGACAAAGCACUAGGACAAGAGAGUAUGUGUGACAAAGCACUAGGACAAGAGGGUAUGUGUGACAAAGCACUAGGACAAGAGAAUAUGUGUGACAAAGCACUAGGACAAGAGAGUAUGUGUGGCAAAGCAGAAGGGCAAGAGGGUAUGUGUGACAAAGCACUAGGACAAGAGGGUAUGUGUGACAAAGCACUAGGACAAGAGAGUAUGUGUGACAAAGCACUAGGACAAGAGGGUAUGUGUGACAAAGCACUAGGACAAGAGAGUAUGUGUGACAAAGCACUAGGACAAGAGAAUAUGUGUGACAAAGCACUAGGACAAGAGAGUAUGUGUGGCAAAGCAGAAGGGCAAGAGGGUAUGUGUGACAAAGCACUAGGACAAGAGGGUAUGUGUGACAAAGCACUAGGGCAAGAGAGUAUGUGUGACAAAGCACUAGGACAAGAGGGUAUGUGUGACAAAGCAGUAGGACAAGAGAGUAUGUGUGACAAAGCACUAGGACAAGAGGGUAUGUGUGACAAAGCACUAGGACAAGAGAGCAUGUGUGACAAAGCACUAGGACAAGAGGGUAUGUGUGACAAACCACUAGGACAAGAGGGUAUGUGUGACAAAGCACUAGGACAAGAGAGUAUGUGUGGCAAAGCAGUAGGGCAAGAGGGUAUGUGUGACAAAGCACUAGGACAAGAGAGUAUGUGUGACAAAGCACUAGGACAAGAGGGUAUGUGUGACAAAGCACUAGGGCAAGAGAGUAUGUGUGACAAAGCACUAGGACAAGAGAGUAUGUGUGGCAAAGCACUAGGACAAGAGGGUAUGUGCGACAAAGCACUAGGACAAGAGGGUAUGUGUGACAAAGCACUAGGGCAAGAGAGUAUGUGUGACAAAGCAGUAGGACAAGAGAGUAUGUGUGACAAAGCACUAGGACAAGAGGGUGUGACAAAGCAGUAG